UUAGUCUUUUCACUUUCGUUUUCACGUUUACUUUGUAUAAUUUUUACAAAAGUAUAUAGACUCAAAUCCAAUCCUCCCACAAGUACGUAGCCAAAAGAGCAUAAUAUUAUUUUUUGUUUUAGAUUCUAAAUAUAUUCAAAUGCACAAAAAAACAAUAAUGAAGUAAUUAAUUAAUCAUUAAUUUGCGGUUGUUCCAUUUAGUUUAGACAUUUCUUAAGACUGAUUCAUUGUGAUAACCUUGAUUAAUUUUUUGCCCGCAACCGAAAGACCAUAUAAGUUCCAGUUUCCGGUAUAUGUUCCCUUUACACUCAGUCGCCUUUACUGUAACUACAUUAUCAAAUUGUCAGACUCUAUUUAAGAAUUAAGAUGAGAUAAAAAACUAAUUAAUUUUAUCUAAGAAUGCAUAUCAAAGAUAACUAUAACCUGCAUCUCGUAAUUAAAUAAUUUCAAAUUAACGGCCCUUGACCACAGCAUAGAUAAAAGAUUUUAAAGAUAAAACUAUUGCCGAUAAAGUAUUUUGACUAUAGUAUAAAAAGGUUUAAAAUUAGAAUGUCCGACAUAUUAUGUUUUAGUAUAACAGGUGGUGAAGUCUACAGAAAAAAAAUGAAAAGCUUUAUGUUAAUAAUUCUUCUAUUUGGACUACAUUAUGGAAACGCACAGCGUAAUUUUCAGGAAAUCCCAGAGGCACCCAGAUUACCCGACUUGGACUACGACAGCCUGCCAGAAUUUAUUAGAAAGUAUUUACCAACAGAGAAACCAGAGUCAAGGAUAAAGCUUAAUCAACCUAAGAAGGCAGUUCCAAGAACGUAUGGUAUGAAGCUGAAUAAUGGUCAAGGAGUUGUUUGGGAUGAUCUAUUGCCAGCGAGAAUGUCGUACCAUGUCGGUGACAAGGACACUGGACGACACAGUGAAAAAGACAUCGAUGAUAUAAUAGACGAAAUGAUAAACAAAAUAGAUAAACAAACACCAAAACCAGACACCAAUGGUAUUGAAGUUACAACAUACCCGUCUGAGAAGACAACGCCACAAACAGAAAAAUAUUUCAAAACUACUGAGGCGCCAAAAAGUACUGCAAAACCAGAAAAAGAAACAAGUGAAAAAGAGUUAUUAAAUAAAAUUGGAAGUAAACUAGAUGAUAUUAUAAUCAAAGAUGUGAAUAAGUUAAUUAAAUUACCACAUGAAGGUAACGGAACUAGUGAAGACAAUGAAUCUAACAGUGAAAAAGAUUUAGCAAAGACUAAAAUUACGGAAAAACCAUCGCGUGACGAGCAGAAACCAGCUUUGCCACAAAUUUUAGAACUUUUGAUUCAAAAUGAUGAGCUGUGGCAAUGGCUGAGUGAAACUAUUGCUAAAUACUUGGAAAUCCUUAUAGCGCGUAUCGGUGCUGUAGUACAAGAAGAAGUAGAAUUGUUGAUUCAAGAAUAUUUCGAAUCGCACGAUUGCGCGUGUAAAGCAAACAAUAAUUCUAGGCACGAUACCAACGGAAAAGGCGAUAAAAAACAUGAGUUAGACAAAAAAGAAGAGCAGAAAAAUACUACUGGUAUAGCCAAACUAUCCCCAAAUCCUGAAGAUUUGGACAACAAAGGAGAAACGCAGAAGAAUGACAGUAAUGUAAAUAAAGAAAUAAAAGAUUCCGACAAUAAUAAUGUGACUGUUGAUGAUAAUAUUUCCAAACAUAAUAAAGACAAACACCCUGAAUCAAACAAAGGGGAUAAUAAAACUGAAAAAGUGCAUGAAAAAACCAUAAUAUAUGGUAAUUCCGUUGGAAAUGAGAGAGUGACUAAUGUGUUCAUAUUUCAUAUGAAUUCCGACGACAAACCCUCUAUAAGUAGCGAGAAUGGUACUGGUUCGUAUACUAUUAAUUUUGAUAAGAACCCUGCAAGCAUAAAUGAUAAAAAUAAACCAAAUCAAGAUAAUUCAGAAACAGAAACCGUUAAUACAGAAAGCACAAAAGUUCCAGAUAGUACUAAAGAAAAUAACAAAGUGACUACAGAAAGUCCUACAGAAACAACAAAAGACCACGUUUCUGAAGAUACCGAUUUAACUACAAAAAUGACAGGAGAUAAGGAAGAAGACGUCUCUAAAGAAUUGACAACUGAAGCUAUUACUCCUGAAAAAGAAGUUGAUUCAGAAGACACAAAAGAUAUUAAUAAUAAAGACGAAGAAAAAGAGAGUGCAGAAGUUAAAGAAGAAGAAAUUACAACAAAAAAUGAUACAGGGGUAGCUGAUGAGGCUGAGAAAUGUGUCAAAGAUGAGAAAUUAUGAUGAAUGUUCAGAAUAUUAUGAUGGUUUAAACACAACAGAAUUUAAUUUAUAAAGAAGGUUUAGUAAAUACGCCUGUGGUCUUCUAACCAUUGAAGUAACUUACUAUAUAUCAUAUUUAACCCCCCCAAAGAUGGCCAUGGUAAUUAAUUUUUCAGGACCAAAUAACAUGAAACCUAGACGUAACAACGAAUUGUAAAUAUCUAGUAUGUAAUAAAAAAUAUUUUAAAA